CGUUAAACCCCGAGCAAACGCAGCCUUCGACUUCCUCCCCAAAUGGCCCGCCUCGCUCACCUUCUCCUCUCUCACGCUGGCCACUGCCGCCGCCUACGGCCUUCGCAAUCCGUCUCCUUCUUCUGGCGAUCCCUCUCCUCCUCAGGCCCGAUCAGUCCCGUUUCAUACACAGUUAAGCCCAAGGAUCCCAACGACGAAGGUGAUCCUGAUCCGUCGGCCAAGGAGGCUGCCUCUCCACCUAGCCAUCCCACUCCUCCGCCGAGUCGUCCUCGCUCGUCGUUUCCGGAUGGCGGUUCCGGCCCUUGGACGAGAGAGGACGCCCGGUUCGUCAAGGACAUCCCUACUAUAUCCCCGGUGUCUUACGCGUCUCGCGUGGCUCCGUUGCCGGAGUACAAAGCUCCAGAUCCGCAGGAGAACAGGGAUGAGGAAGGGCUACUGCAGCAGGAGGCCAGGAGGAUCCAACCACGGGGUCCGACGCGGAGCAUAUUUGCUACUCAGGAGGAAGAGAAAAUUCCGUUCCCUACUCUCAUCCCUCAGGAGAAGAAACCGCAGAAGGUUCCGAUGGAUUUGAUGGAGGCCAUCCGUCAAGUCAAGGUUAAUGCAAGGCGUCGAUUUGUUGAAACAGUUGAAGCUCAUGUUAACUUGGGUGUUGAUCCACGUAGAGGCGAUCAGAUGGUACGUGGUGCCUUAACACUGCCUCAUGGCACUGGGAAGACUGUAAGGGUGGCUGUAUUUGCUGAAGGGCCUUCAGUAGAAGAAGCCAGAGCUGCAGGAGCUGAUAUUGUCGGUGGCAAUGAGCUUAUUGAAGAAAUAAAAAACGGAGGUGGCAAACUUAACUUUGACAAGUGCAUAGCAACUCCUAUGUUCAUGCCUCGUCUGUCAAAGAUUGCUAGGAUCCUUGGCCCUCGAGGUUUGAUGCCGAAUCCAAAAUUAGGGUCUGUAACAAGUGAUGUUUCAGGAGCUGUAAAAGCAGCAAAAUCUGGCCGUAUCGACUUUAAGAUCGACAAGACUGCUAUUGUUCAUGUUGGCCUUGGAAAGGUCAAUUUUUCUGAGGAGUCUCUUCGUGAAAACAUCGGAGCUUUUGUACACUCACUAUUAGUUGCAAAACCUGUUGGACUUAAAAAGACCUCCAAAUAUGCUGGAUAUGUCAAGAACUUCACUUUAAGUAGCACAAUGGGACCUGGAUUUCCAAUCACAAUACAGUCACUCUCUUUGGCUGCUGACAACUACAACAAGGUCCAUGUAAAACAGUGAAAACUCUGUUGCAGCGCUUGGAGUCGGACACAAUUUUGUCAACUGCCACGCAAUUCCAGUAGAGCGUCAGCAAAAUUCCUUGCACACUAUAAUUGUUUUCUUAGUCUCUCCUUUAGUGAGGAUUUGGCUAAACUUGCUUUCUCAGACAGCAAAGAAAUCUGGAGGACUCGAGUUGAUUCCACUAUUUGUCAUCCAGAGUUGAUAAACAGUGCUUGAAUUUCGAUGCCACUAUUUGUACUAAAUUAGUAUUUCAUUUCUAUCCCAAAUGGCAUGGACGCUUCUUAUCUCACAA